AUGGACCGAGUGUCCUCAGCACUGGUCGCUAAGAUGCGCUGGAUCACGCUGGUGCUUGCGGGCUUGACUUUUUGGAGCAAAGUUAGUAUUUCUAACUGUUUCGACUACGAGGAGGCAGAUUUUGAAUAUUAUGAAGAAGAGAAGACGGACACUAUUGACUACAAGGACCCGUGCAAAGCUGCUGUUUUUUGGGGUGACAUUGCUUUGGAUGAAGAGGACCUCCGCAUGUUUCAGAUCGACAGAACGAUAGACCUGACACAACACGCACAUAUGCAUGCACUGUCCCGACAGGGGCACACAUCAGGUGGCACAGGGGAACAUGAAACUGUGAAGAAGGGGUCAUUAUACCUACUUCUGGAAAGAAUACGUAGAUUUGGUUUCGACUAUAACCCAAAAAAUGAAAGCAAGGGAACUUUAACUUCAAAGAGCCCAAUUGAGAAAGGUGGGAAUACUGUUAAAGGGACGAAGAGUCGUUUUCCCAGAGCAGCUACAUCUCGAGCUGAGAGGAUAUGGCCCGGGGGAGUCAUUCCCUACAUCAUUGGAGGAAACUUCACUGGUAGUCAGAGGGCCAUGUUCAAGCAGGCCAUGCGUCACUGGGAGAAACAGACAUGCGUAACUUUCAUUGAGAAGACAGAUGAAGAAAGUUAUAUAGUCUUCACUUACAGACCCUGCGGGUGUUGUUCAUAUGUGGGUCGUCGUGGCAAUGGACCCCAAGCCAUCUCCAUUGGAAAGAACUGUGACAAGUUUGGCAUUGUGGUGCAUGAACUGGGGCAUGUCAUAGGCUUUUGGCAUGAGCACACACGGCCUGAUCGUGACGAUCAUGUGACCAUAAUCCGGGAUAACAUCCAACCAGGCCAGGAGUACAACUUCCUGAAGAUGGAGCCAGGGGAGGUGAACUCUCUCGGGGAGCCAUAUGAUUUUGAUAGCAUAAUGCAUUAUGCCAGGAACACUUUUUCACGUGGGAUGUUCCUCGACACCAUUCUUCCCUCAAGAGAUGAAAAUGGGGUCCGGCCUGCCAUUGGUCAGCGGACCAGGCUCAGCAAAGGAGACAUUGCACAGGCAAGGAAGCUGUAUAGAUGUCCAGCAUGUGGAGAGACACUUCAGGAGUCAACCGGCAACUUCACAUCUCCCGGUUACCCCAAUGGAUACCCUUCAUACACACACUGUGUCUGGAGAAUAUCUGUUACUCCAGGAGAAAAGAUCGUUCUUAACUUCACCACGAUGGAUUUAUAUAAAAGCAGUCUGUGCUGGUAUGACUACAUCGAGGUUCGGGAUGGAUACUGGAGGAAAGCUCCACUACUAGGGAGGUUUUGUGGAGACAAAAUUCCUGACGUUUUGAUUUCAACCGAUAGCAGAAUGUGGAUUGAGUUUCGCAGCAGCAGCAAUUGGGUGGGGAAAGGCUUUGCUGCAGUUUAUGAAGCAAUCUGUGGAGGAGAAAUCACCAAGGACUCAGGACAGAUUCAGUCUCCCAACUAUCCCGAUGACUACAGACCUUCCAAAGAGUGUGUGUGGAGGAUCACUGUGUCUGAGGGAUACAACGUUGGUCUCAGCUUCCAGGCCUUUGAGAUUGAGAGGCAUGACAGCUGUGCCUACGACUACUUGGAAGUCCGGGAUGGGCCACUUGAAACCAGCCCUCUGAUCGGUCGCUUCUGUGGCUAUGACAAACCUGAAGACGUCCGCUCUACUUCACACACUUUAUGGAUGAAGUUUGUAUCAGAUGGGACGGUGAACAAGGCCGGCUUUGCUGCCAACUUUUUCAAAGAGGAAGAUGAGUGUGCCAAGCCAGACAAUGGUGGAUGCGAGCAGAGAUGUGUAAACACUCUUGGCAGCUUUAAGUGUGCUUGUGACCCGGGUUACGAACUGGCCCCUGACAAGAAAAGCUGUGAAGCGGCAUGUGGUGGUCUACUGUCCAAGUUAAAUGGAACCAUUAGCACUCCUGGCUGGCCAAAAGAAUAUCCACCCAACAAGAACUGUGUGUGGCAGGUGGUGGCUCCCAAUCAGUACCGCAUCUCCAUGCAGUUUGAGGCCUUUGAGCUGGAGGGCAAUGAGGUGUGUAAAUACGAUUACGUUGAGGUACGGAGUGGCCUCUCAUCCGACUCUAAGCUGCAUGGCAAAUACUGUGGCACAGAAGUCCCAGAAGUCAUCACAUCUCAGUACAACAACAUGAGGAUCGAGUUCAAGUCUGACAACACCGUCUCAAAGAAAGGCUUCAAAGCUCACUUCUUCUCAGACAAAGAUGAGUGCAGCAAGGACAACGGUGGCUGCCAGCACGAGUGUAUCAACACAGUGGGCUCUUACGUUUGUCAAUGUCGCCAUGGCUUUGUUCUGCAUGAGAACAAACAUGACUGUAAGGAAGCGGAGUGUGAGCAUAAAAUCCACAGCCCCAGUGGGACACUGAGCAGCCCUAACUGGCCAGACAAGUAUCCCAGUCGUAAGGAGUGCACCUGGGAUAUCAUCGCCACGCCUGGACACAGAGUCAAGAUUGCCUUUAUUGAGUUUGAGAUCGAGCAGCAUCAAGAAUGUGCUUACGACCACCUGGAAGCAUUUGACGGGGACAGCGACACAUCAGCCAUCUUGAGUCGACUGUGUGGCAGCAAGAUUCCUGAGCCACUGGUGUCCACCAGUAACAAGAUGUAUCUCCGCUUCAUUUCUGACGCCUCAGUACAAAGGAAGGGCUUUCAAGCCACACAUACCACAGAGUGUGGCGGUCGUCUGAAAGCAGAUGCUCGUCAGAAGAACCUGUACUCCCAUGCUCAGUUUGGGGACAAUAACUACCCAGGUCACACUGACUGCGAGUGGCUGUUGACUGCAGAGCAGGGCUACGGCAUCGAGCUCAGCUUCACAACGUUUGAGGUGGAGGAAGAGGCUGACUGCGGUUAUGACUAUAUUGAACUGUAUAAUGGAAACAAUGCUGAUUCACACCGUUUGGGUCGCUUCUGUGGCUCAGGGCCUAGAGAGGGGAUUUAUUCUCCAGGAGAUUCUAUGCUGAUCCGUUUCCACAGCGAUGACACAAUCAGUAAGAAGGGCUUUCACAUCCGUUACACGAGCUCCAAGUUCCAGGAGAACCUCCACGCCAGGAAGUGACUCUAGGCCCAGCCUGUGACCUCUGACCUCCAUGCAGCCACAGUCACUGUCUGUCAUAAUAGGAAAAUCAUCCCGUCCUCUGACCCACAGAGAGAUGUGAAUGUUGGCCAGCCGACUGGAGGAAAACUGUCAUUUGUCUCCAUCUGCAGCUCCACACAGGUCUUUGCACUCUGCCGUGAGACUGUAAAGACGGUGAGGUGUGUGGGGAAAAGUAGCUGAACAAUGCAUGAGCUCCUUUCACCGAGGGGGACGGUUUGAUGACGGAAUAUCAAGUUUCAAUAAGAGGGUUGCAGGAGGAACAAUUCAGUGGAGAUACUCAUGGUCGCACAAAUACAAACAAGACUAGAAGCACACACUCUCCAAUAAUAAUCAUAUGUAGAAACUAUGGAUGCUAUAGAAACUAAAGAUUUGUAUCCAAAAAAGGAUUUCAGAGCCUUUUGUCACUUCUUGUUCCUUGAACCGUGCAACUUACUGUUAUAAGACAGCUGCUUAUACCUACAGCAACUCAAAAGAAACUGCUGACAGACAUUUUUAUUGCCUUUGAUGCCUGGGAACUGGCCUUUUCAGCCCAGCUCAGAAUGGCGACAGAUUAUUUUAUUUCUUUGUAUUAUAAACCCGCUGUGUUUACUGUAUGUUUGCUGGUGUGUGUGCAUGGGGUGUGUGCGUGUGUGUUUGGAGAAAAAAACAAACAGACAAAAGACUCAAGCCCGUCCUUUCCCCUUUUUGCUUAAAGCUUAUGUGGAGUGGAAAGAACAAAUUAAAAAAAAGGAGACUUUCUAAAUGAUCUGUCAUGCUAAUGUUAAGCCUUGUGUUUUGUUGUGUUCUUGCGUUCACACCAUAUUGUAAUGUAUGUUUCACUGAUGUUUCCAUUUUUCUCUAAGUGGAUAUCAGAAGGGAAUAUUUUUCACAGUUGUCUCUUGGAAGGAAGUGACUGAACGAAAGACUCCUAUGGUGCUAAUAUAAAACUGAAUGAAGUCCUUCAAAUGGAGAUACAGCCAGUGUGCAAACAGCACUCUGCAACAACAGCUCUAGUCCUGUGGAACUAAAAUAUUGCCUUAGAACAAAUGUAUGCUAUCACAGGUUGCUCCUAUGCUCUUGCACAGGUGUCUUCUUGUAUAAGUGGAGUAUUUUCAAGGUUUUAUGGCUAAUUUCUUUUUUAUUUUAUUUUAAAUUUUGGAUAUACUGAAUGGUUUUAUUGUAAAGAAAAGUACGUAGCAUAUUCUGUAUGUGAGAUAAUGUCUACAGUGCAUGUGUGUUUAUGUAUUUUUUGUAGCUGCUCUCAGUGAUACUCAUAUUUAAACAUACACACAUACACACACAUGCAUCCACUUACACAGCCUAAUCAUGUUUUCUGUUUAUUUACUGGGCCGCAUCUGAACAUAUCCUCUCUCUGUAUAUUUGGAGCAUGAAGACAAAUUAAUGAAGAAGUUGAAGGAAUAUCAGCGUCACUGUUUAGCUGAUCGUAGAGAAACGUGUGUAUGUCUGUAUGUUUUGGUGUUUAAGUUGAAUCUCUUUUUUGCUGUAUGUGCCAAGCUCCAGAUGACCCUGAUCCACUAUAGUUUUUUUUUUUGUUUUAUCUCUCCAUGUCUGUGUUUGUAGUUCAGAGACUCUGACACCAAAUCCUCUGAAUCACUCAUUAAAAUACA